AUGCCCUCCUGGAUCCAGCUGGCCUGUUACAGAGUGCCUGUCUGCAUGUCCCAGGCAAUCUCUAAGAUCAACAGAGGCCUUGGCAACACCAGCAACACUCACAACGACAGCCAGGAAGCAGGCCACCAUCAGACAGAUCAGGGGCCAGAAUUCCUCUCUUCUAUGGAGUAUGUGGCAGCCCCAGGCCCCAGGCCAGCGGCCCCAUUUCGAGUUGCAGAGAAUGUUGUUCCAGGAGCAGAGGACUGCCUGCCUAGAGUGUCCGGGCACCCAGCCUGGGUCGCCAGCCUGGAGACAGAGCAUCAGGCAGCUCCGGAGCUGAGUGAGGACCAGCGGUUGCAGAUUUCUAAGGAACUCAUCGAUCUCCAGCUUGCAACCCAUCGCCUGCGCGAGCAGCAUGAGGCUGAAGUCUUUGAGCUGAAGAAGGAAGUUCUUCGACUGGAAAGUCGGGUGCGAGAGCUAGAGUUGCAUGGAAAUGGUACCUACCAGGGACACAGGGUACAAACAGUGGCCAAUCUAGGGCACCAGCAGGUGCCACCACAAGAGCCAUCAGGAGGCCAGCAAAAGCUUCCGGAAGAAUUGAAAUGGGCACUGGAGCAUCACAGAGUCAGGCAGCAGGCACUGGAUGCACGAGAGGCAGCCUUAGCCCGGCAGUUGCAGGGAGCCCAAGAGGAAGCCAGGGCAGCUGGCCGGCAACUAUCUGCCCAAGCCAUGGUGCUGUCCACCUGUCAGGGUCAGCUCCGGCAGGCUGAAGCUGAAAAUGCUCAGCUGCAGCUGCAGCUGAAGAAGCUGAAUGAGGAGUAUGCUGUCAAGCUGCAGCGCUAUGCCACAGAGAGAGUGGAUACUGCUGAUGGCCCAGGUCAGGCGGCCCUUCGGACUUUCCUGGAGGCCACUCUGCAGGACAUUCGGGCUGCACACCGAAGCCGAGAGCAGCAACUGGCGCAAGCCGCCCGGGCCUACCGCAAACGCCUGGCAGAUGUGAGCCGGAGGCAGGAGUUGCUGCUAGCUACCUGCAGGGCUACUUUUGCAUCCGCCAUCAACCUGGAGCCAUUACCCAUGCACUGGGCCACUGAAGUCAGCCAGCCAAUGGAAGAUGAGUAUGGCCGACACAGGACACUGCUACUGUACCCAGAGAAGGGAUGUGGUGACGCGUCCAAGGAGGGCGGGUCACAGUCACUGGGCCUGGACACUGCAUCUUGGGCCCAAAUCCAGCAGAAGCUGCAAGACUUCUCCCAGGACACUCAGGCAAAGCUAGAACGGGAACGGGCACAGCUGAUGGUCCGGGCCACCAUGGCAGAGCAGCAGCUUUCUGAGCUACAGGAGUACGUGGACCAGCACUUGGGCAGGUACAAACAGGAAAUCCUGAGACUGAGGAAGCUGGUGAAUCCAGGAGAUCCCCAAGGAGAAGCAAUGCCUUCCACUAGGCCCCGGCGCCCAAGGACCAGGAGUCACUAGCUAGUCUCCCACAGAGCACAAAUCAAACCUCUUCACAGUCAGCAUGGAACCCGCUGCCCACCCCAUCCCAUGAAGUGAUUCCUGGAACAAAGAGUCAGGAUUGAA